UUAAUCACAAUUUUUAUUACAGCCAUUUUUGCCAGUGAAGCAUUUGGACAGAAUAAUAAUAAUGGGGACUUGGAUGACCGAUUCGGAAACCAGUUUGCGGCCCUGUUCCCUGGUAUGGGUCAGCAACAGUUCCGACCAAACCAGUUCCCUGGUCAGAACCAGUUCUUCCCUGGACAGAACCAAUUCCCUGGACAGAAUCAAUUCCCUGGACAGAAUCAAUUCCCUGGACAAAAUCAGUUCCCUGGACAGAACCAGUUCCCUGGACAAAACCAGUUCCCUGGGCAGAACCAGUUCCCUGGUCAGAAUCAGUUCCCUGGACAAAAUCAGCCUUCCACCGUUCCUCCAACCGGGAGCACCACCAUGUCCAGCGCUGUCCAAGCCUGCAUCUCCAGCUGCCCAGUGACCGCUGAAUACAACCCAGUGUGCGGCACCGACAUCAUCCAGUACCCCAACCCCGGCAGGCUGGGCUGUGCGCAAGCGUGUGGCGUCAAUGUCAGCCUCCUAAGGCAAGGACCCUGCCCGGCCACCACCACUGCUGCCCCUCCCAGUUAAAUAAACUUUCAGAAUGACUAUACAAAACUAUUUUUAUAAGUGUUCCAGUAAAAAUCCUAGACAAAACUGUUGAAUGAAGACCAGAAUGAAGGUUGUGCCAUAAAUAUUAAUUUUAAGAUCAAUUGAAAUAAAAAUUUUACGAUAAA